AUGAAACGUAGCGAAAACUUUAACCUCGCUCAGCGGACUCCUGCAGGAAAGUGGAAGCACGACAAGUUCCAAGACGAAACCCGUGCUUUUCGAGCGAGAGGAGGAGCGAUUGCAAAAGUGAUCGCUGGGUCGAGUAAUCCCAACAAGAAAGUGCGCGUCAACCUGUCCAACCUAGGACCAAAUGUCGUCUCUGCUGAUCUUGAGGAACUUUUUGGUCCCUACAAUAUUGAUACUGCAACGGUGCACUUCAACGAGCAGGGCAUUUCCCUUGGUACUGGCGACGUAUACUUGAAGAGGAAGGAUGCUCUACAAAUGUUCGAAGAUUUCAAGGGUGUUUCUCUUGAUGGCAAAUUGAUAAAGAUGUUAAUCGUCGAUGGUGGAGAGGGAGUGGCUAACGGUAUUGAGAGUCGCCUGAGUAAACUGCCUCGCCAGCCCACCCGUGGAAUUCAGAAGAGCUUUCGAAGAUCAAGUGGAGGCGUCUCUUCAUCCUUCCUUGAUCGCAUUGUGGAUGACAAACCCCGGCGAGGAGGUAUGCGCAAUCGGAGGCCCCCCGGUCGAGAAAGGAAAGCAGUUAAAUCUGUUGCUGAGUUGGAUGCAGAGUUGGAAUCGUACAUGAACAAAGGGCGGCCACUAGACGUUUGA